CUAAAACAAAAAUUAACCAUAAUGUGAUUAAACAUUAACUCAACACAAACUCAAUUUUGCCAAUUAAUUCAGCUGUUGAUAUUAUUACUGCCAGAAAAUUAGCAAGAAUUAAGUGAAUAGAGAGGACUGUUUUGAGGUAUACAAAUUGUGCAAGGAAAAUAUGACAAAAAUGUCUACUGAAUCAGGAAAAGAUGUUGGACAGACCUGCAAUGCUGCUUGCAAUAUAUGCCUAGAGGAGUUCAAUAAUACAAAGGUGCUACCAUGUCUCCAUACAUUCUGCCUAGGGUGUAUAACGGAGCAUGCCACAAAAACAACACAAGAUGGCAACUUUAACUGCCCAGUUUGUCGCAUUCCAACAAUUCUUCCACAAGGGGGAGCUGUUAAAUUCAACGACAACACCCUGGUGACAACCAUAGAGGAAAACAUCCCCACUAAUCAGGAAUCGGUGAACAUUUGUCACGUUUGUGAUAAUGGGCUCACAUUGACUGCGAAGUGCAUUGAAUGUUGUGAUUUCUUAUGCGAGUCAUGUGCGGCAGUGCACUGCAUGACCAAAUUCACUAAGAGUCAUCAUGUGGUCAUCUUAAACACUGACAAGCCCAUCCAUACAGCAUCAGAUGCUAAGAAUGACGAUGUGUGCAGCAAACAUGGUGAGAAGAUCCAAGAGUUCUGCGUGACAUGCCAGGAUGUUGCGUGUAAGAGUUGUGUGGUUGCGGAUCACAAGAACCACGAUCUAUCUACUACAGAUGACGCCUACAAGGUCUGCUCAACCUCCAUGAUGAACGCAAUGGUGAAGCUUAACAAUAAAAUCAAGCAUCACGACACAAUCGUAACCAAUAUGGAUACAACCCUCCACGAUAUCCCAAGUGAGAAAAACGCUAUGGCUAAUUUCAUUGUGAACAAAGCUGAUAAAGCACACAAGAUUAUUGACAGAUGUAUGACUGAGAUAGUUGACACUCUCACGGAGCAGUAUAUCGCAAAACGCAAAGAAGUCGAAAAUGUGAAAUAUGAUGCUGAAUCUGACCUGUCGAGAAUGCUGAGUAUCAGUGACUAUGUAAAAACAACAAUGGCUAAUGGUAACAAGCUUUCUAUGCUUUCAUCACACAAGAAUCUCCUUGAUGAAAUUGAGACUCUGAUCAGCAAUUCUGUGAUACCCGGACCCGAUAUUCCCGAAAACAUAUCCAUCGAUGAUAAAAUCGCAGCGAUCGUGCUGAAGGCAUUCACUGGACUGACAUUGUCUGAACUUGCCUUGACUGCUCCAGCUGAAACUAAAGAAACUGCAUCACAGGUAGACACAACAGAAAUCAUCGAUGACACCCAGAGCAAGGCUACACAGACAAAUGGGAUUCUGAAUAUAAAGUGCCCAGUAUCUAACUCAGACGCCGUCCCCAGGGACCAAACCACCUCUGGAAAAUCUAUUCCUGUUAUUGGGAGAUCUAGAUUUAGCUCUGUCGGGAGUCCUGCACUGCAACACUCAACAGUAUCCAAGUCCCAGGAUCUAACCACAGUCACACUUGGCACAUUUCCCCUUGGGGCAAUUACAUCUGUGAUGUCACAAUCAAAUGGUGUGAUGUCAUAUAAUGGAUUUGGUGCAAUCACAACAACAAGUCAGCGUGACCUCAACUCCCCUUUAUCUGCAAAACCCCAUGGUCACCCAAAUGGUUUCGUAGACCGUCUGACUGCAUCAUUCACAAAAGCUACCACUAGUUAUGUACAGCCACUAUCUACUUCAACCAUAGAGGCCCCUUCUCAACACAAUGACAUAUCAGAAGGACUCCUCAGUCUCCAUACAAAACUCACCAAUGGAAACCACGAGUUGAGCUGUAAAUAUAAUGACUCACCUGUUGAGAAUUUCAACAUAUCAAUGAUUGGACGUCCAUCCGAGCCAAUAAACCAGAAGGCCUCAGCAAGGGUCUCACCCAUAGGAACCCCACCAGACAACACCCCCAUUCCAAAUACUUUAAUGUCGACAUCUUAUAUGAAUGCAAAUGCAACACAAAGAAAUACCUCCCCACUUGAUAACUAUCAGAAUGGACUCUCUAAUAUGGAAAAUACCAAUCUUCACAUUUUUGGUCACCCCUUCGGGAGCCAUAAUGGCCAAAGUAAUAGGUCAUCCCCAAUCGACGUCAUAGGACAGCCAAUAGGAAGCCACAGCAAUCUGACAUCACCGGCAGUUACUCCAAUCAGUGACAUGACAGACAAUGUCUUCGCUCAAGACUUCCUCGCUAAAACUGCAAAGAAGAAACUUGUGGCUGAGUUCAACUCUCGUAUUUCAAGUGACCGUGCAGACAGCUUUCCUACUGGGGUUGCAAUAACCCCCGAUAACAACAUCGCAAUAAUCGACCAAGAAAAUAAGAAAGUGAAAAUCUUUACACCUUCAGGUCAAAUCAAGUACGUUUACAAUGGGAAUGCCCCAGGUAUGUUCCCACUCCAGAAUCCAUGCGACAUUGGAGUUUUCUCAAGUGGAAAUCUGGUAGUCUCUGACAGCGGUGCCGAGUCGAUAUUAAUCUUGAGUAAGGAUGCAGGUCGUGUGCUCCAUUCUAUGCAUAUCAAAGGUUGCACUGGUGUAGCCGUAUCCGAUGACGACAAAGUAUUUGUUACAACACGUAACCCUAACAACAUCCUUGUAUUCAAGGAUGGAGUCCUCCAUCAGAAGAUUCAUUCUGACGCAGCUGGAAUCCCUUACUUCAACUCCCCUCACUAUAUAACAGCCAGGAACAAGAAAGUCUAUGCUUCCGACUUCUUCACCAAUGCCCUUAUGGGGUUCAAUUUAUCAAACAGCCUGCCUGUGGUACAUUAUGGGAGCACACAAGAAGGUGUCCCUGCCAGUUGUAUUUUACAAUACCCAUGCGGUGUACACAUCGACCAAGAAGAAAAUGUCCACAUCGUUGACAAGAGCAACCACCGUGUCCAUAAAAUCUCCAAAACUGGAGAGUUCCUGGGACACACUCUUACAAGUAAUGAUGGUAUCUACUGGCCAAGAGGCAUUGCUCUGAUGUCUAAUGGUAACACUGUCAUCACAGAAGACUUUGGACAAAUUAAAAUAUUUGAUUGUUAA